UGUACCGUUGCGAAAUUUAGGGACCCAACGUCGGAGUUCCAAAAGUAUUAAGAGAGCGAUGGUGACGGGCUAUUGUCAGGUGCGCUCACAUAAUAAAAGUAUCAGUGUAAUUAAAAAGGUUGACCCACAUCCACACUUGCACCACAAAUUAGGUAGUGUAUGUUGGAGCAUAGAAAGGACAAUUGGAUAACGGCCAUAGCACCAUCCCUCCCCUCAUCGUGCUUUACUCCGUCUCUCCUCGAGGUACAACUGUAAAACGCAACGAAAGCGACGUCAGCAUCACACUACGGCUACGGUAGCUGCGCCCAGUCGCCUGCACUUCAGUAACGGUAAAAAGAAGAACCCAUAACUGAAGCUUAACAAAAAAAAAAAAAAGCCGACACUGGCGCGCCGGCGAGUCCGCCCUCCACGCGGUAGCGGCCAAGAGGCGCCGUGUUUCGAUUUCGCUUUCCGGGGCGUCCGAUGCUGUGGCUCCGCAUCUUCCCUCAUCCUCUCCCCGCUCCUCUUCCUCCUUCUCAUCACCCUUUCCCUCCGCUCUUUCUCGCACAUGCGCCGUUCUCUCCCCCUUCUACUUCCCUCCGCGCCGUAAACGAGCGCGCGCUGCGACGAGCGGCCGAGCGUUUUAGUCGCUCCUGGGUCGCCGUCGCGCUGUUGGGAUCUACGGUUUUCUGCGGAUGCCCAGUUCUAGCGCCGGUUUGUUGUCCUGUUUUUUUUUUUCUUCUGUAACUCUCGCCCUUCCCUGUCCACCGGCAGCGAUCGUCGUUCUUCUCCCCGAUCUUUCCGGUACGCUACACUGCGACCGGUAGCGUACCGAAUCAGGUCGCCGUUAUCGGCCGCUACGGAUAACGGAGCUUCACCCAUACUCCGCUUUUUCCGCCUCUAAUGUUGACCCUACGUACGUGCCUGCGAGUGGAGCCUGAGUGAUUGUUUCCUGCUUCCUUCUGCAUGGAUCCAAGACCCAACUGAGCGCCAGCCGCGUCCUGACAUUUACCCGAUGGCCUACUCCUGCUAAGCGAGCCGCUGCUUUCUGGGUGGAGUAACUGUGAAUUCGUGUGCGUGUCUAUCCUGUGUACCUGAGCGUGGCCAUUACCCGUACAACGCGACUGGUCUUCUCAGCUAGAAGGCCGCAAGACGCCGUGUGCUUCGCUAUAUUCUGUGCCGCCUGAUCACAGGUCUAGCCUGGCAAUUUCGACCUACAGUGCCGGGGGUAGCGAGAGAUGGACGUCGGCCACGUAUGGCGGUCUCUAGCCCGCCGUGUUCGGCGUCUGGGCCCGUUGGCUACCAAGUUCCCGUGUAGUUCGAACGGCGUCCGAUUCAACUGCAGACUUGAUACCGACGAGUUCGAGCGUCAUCGUGGUCAGGUGGACGGCUGGAUGGGCUGAUGGAGUGCGGCGGGUUUGACAUUACGUGACUAUUCAGCUCUCAAACAUUUACCCUUUCUUUUGAAACUUUCGUUUUUUCCCCUUUGUUGCUGAUAUUCCCGACGUCCCACUCCUUGCCGCGACAUCGGCGGAAGCAAGAUGUCGAGGACUGUCGGUUGACACUGAGCGAAGCCUUGAAAAUUCUCACGAUGCCUCGCUGCUGCCAGCAGUCCAGAUGCCGAAGGAGUGCGAUAUCGUUCCUUGAUGGAGACCCUCUUCUGCGAUAACCAACUGCAUCGUCACCUGCUGUGAGCCACUGUGAGUGCGGUCAGUGUGAUUGGUUGCUGAUGAUUGAUGAGAAAGAGGUAAAAGUCAUAGCGGCGUACGCGAACAUCCCUUGCGUAGCGUAGGAUUGUUGUCGCGCGAGACGACGCGCUGUGCUUUUACUUUGCCAGUGUUUCCUUCGGUGUAUCCAUCCUUUGAAAACUUCCGAGUAUUUAUUCCAUUGUCUCAAUUGUCGUCUGUUACCAACGCCCGUUUCAAACUUUACUUGUCUGUGUCCUCCUCUUUCAAAUGUUGUUGCUUGCGUCGAACGAGUAUGUUGCGUUUCCGACAUCUCAGCGGAAGGGUCGGCUGGGCUUCGAAAAACAGUUUGUGAUUUCGUUACGCGACACGCCGAUCGUUUACGCUUCAGAGACGGCGUCAUCAAAGAUGGCCACCCAGCGAGACAGUUGCGAGCGCCCCUAGGGUGUGUCAGCCAAACUACGGAGAGCAUAAGGAAUCCUCACACUUUGGUGUUGAGAGACUGAAGGCUCACGCAGACUUCGCAGGUAAAGGUAAAUUCCAGGAAGUACUUGCGAGUAAUUGGCUUGUAAAGUUGUCCUUACAAGGGAGAAAGAAAAAUAGAGAGCAAUCGGGAUUGUUUUUUUCAUGCACAGAACUACCUUCCACCGCAGUCGUUCGAAAGACCACUCGCUGAAACUGCCCAUGGGUUGAAAGAUUCAGCUCCAAGUUUGAAUUCUAACGAAAAACGUGCUGCCUGAGCUUGACAAGGCUUUCAGCCAAAUUAAGUGCGGAUGCUGAAAAGCACGAUGGCGCCUUGUUGUUUUUAUAUGAAAUUCCACGUCAGCCUCUUUCAGCAGCGCCUGCGAUCUGAAAACCAGCAGGGAAUCGAAUGAGACUCCGCUGUACUCGUCAUUCCUAUUUCCGCGCGCUUUCAGAGGGAUAUCCAAGAGACCUCGAGAAACCUGUCUUCCUCGUUGUGGUGCUUCCUCAAACGUAUCUACUACAAGUCUGUCCGCAGCGCUCGUCAAAACAAUAUGCUUAUGACAGGAGGCAGACCAACACCUUUGCGUUCGGUUCGGUUGCAACUUUGUAAGCAGACCCAAAUCUGAGCGUCGUCAUCAACUUGAUGUGUUCUGCACACGUGUUUCCCAAUUUGUUUUCGGUUACUUCACAUCGUUGGAGUGUUGUGACCGCUGUGUUGAAUAAGCCUGCAACGACAACACAAGUGUGGAAGUGACUCGUCGUCCAGACUAGGAAGUGCUGCUCCUGGAGCCUCCACUACAAGCCAUUUUGGUGGUCUCUUGCAUGAAGGUAUGUGGUAAGGCUGCAACACCUGGAUUCCUGGAUGCCCGGGAAUAACCUGUUUGUAUCGGUCAGCCACUCACACUACACUUCGCCGAAGGAUUGAUGCAACACCUCUGAUAACCGCUUCCUUACGGCACCAUUCGAGGUACUUGAGUGCAUCGGUCACGAGUCGGAAGGGAUAGGACGGUCUUCCAAGCAAUACAACUGUGUCUCCGUAACGGGUUACCACGGAAGCUCUGCGGGCGCAAGUUCUCGAAAGGACGGAAACCUUCCUCUCGGGUUCCUGGAGGAAGUCAUUAGCGAUGAUGUCUCGGCUUCUGCUGCCCUUGCAUCGCAUUUAUUCUCCAAGAUGCGAAGAAGACGACUCUUGCGGAAGCAGCCGGCCUCUGCAAACAUGAGCGUGCUCGCCUGGAAAAAAGACAGAAAUCACGAAGUCGCACGAGACACUCAAACACGUUCUGUUGUGCACACUUCGCAGCGGGGAAACAGAUAUCUCCAAAGCCUCCCGCGGCGUCGUGGUGAAGAAAUCGUUGGUGUCAUCGUGCUACUUCUGCAAAGCUAGGUCGUCUGCAGGCUGACAUUACUCACCAUUACCAUCGUCGAGUUCUCAGCCCGGCUCAGUGAUACGUGGCCGGCUUUUGAAACGAACAUUUCCCACUUUUCUUUAAGUUUAUUUUGACGAUCUGAGGGAACGGAAGCAAGACGAUUGUUUUGUGCAGUUUGGAUCUCAGUAGGCAUCUCGCUCAAAAAAAAAAAAGAACUCUUCAGCAAAACUACAGUUCGUAAAAGAGCGGCGGAAGCAUCCAGCCCGUGUUGCCACGCCCUUGCACUGAAGAUUUUUUUUAACUACUCGCCCGGCUGCAAAGAAAACAAGAAGACAUGGUGACAGCAUCGGGAAAAUGAUGGUGACUCCCCUCGAUACAUCUUCGUGAAGUGGACUCGAUGAAAUGCAUUCUAUCCCUGAAAGGACAAAAAGGUGAACACUGCGGCAGGAUGAAGUGAACGGGCGGUGGCAUCGAGCAUGGGUCUUUUGGAAGCCGCACUCAACGCCUCAGUACUGCUCGCCGCCACCGAGGCUGGAGGCAGUGGGGCUUUGAACGGCGUGCUCGACGACGGCUCUGCAGGCGGAAGCACCACUGGCGGAAGCGGAAAUGCCACAAACGACAGCGUGGCUUCGGACAGCGGCGGACACUCGGCGCCCUACUCGCUUCCCGAGGUGAUACUGAUAGCCUUCCUGGCCGCGUUGUUGAGCGCAGUCACCAUCAUCGGCAACCUGAUGGUCAUGAUCUCGUUCAAACUGGACAAGCAGCUACAGACCAUUAGCAACUACUUCCUGCUCAGCCUGGCCAUCGCCGACUUCUCCAUCGGGGUCAUCUCGAUGCCUUUGUUCACCAUGUACACUCUGUACGACCACUGGCCCCUCGGUCCCUUCAUAUGCGACACGUGGCUCGCAUUCGACUACCUGACCAGCAACGCGUCGGUGCUCAACCUGCUAAUAAUCAGUUUCGAUCGGUACUUCUCGGUGACCCGGCCGCUGACCUAUCGGGCCCGGAGAACCACCAAGAGGGCCGCCAUCAUGAUCGCCAGCGCCUGGGUCAUAUCCCUGGUGCUGUGGCCGCCGUGGAUCUACUCCUGGCCCUACAUCGAGGGCCAACGCAGCGUUCCGCUGGACCGCUGCUACAUCCAGUUCUUGGAGACCAACAUAUACGUGACGUUCGGCACGGCCCUGGCGGCUUUCUACGUGCCGGUCACGGUCAUGUGCAUCCUCUACUGGCGCAUCUGGCGGGAGACCGAGAAACGCCAGAGGGACUUGACGCAACUCCAGGCGGGCCGGAAGGAGACCGGCGGCAGCCGGAAGUCGACGUCCAGCGACGACCCCGCCGAGUCGGAGGACUUCCGCCGCGGCCGCAGCGACUCCUGCCCGCCGGACGUGGAAACCACGUACGUGCCCACUUCGCUGUGCGUCGAGACUUCCAAGUACCUGCCCCCAGCGGCGCCCAAGAGGCGCCGACUUCGCGACGUGCUCCUGUCUUGGUGUCGCAUCGACAACGACAAAGAGGACGACGACAGCACCAGCCACGGAGGCUCGCCCGGCACCCAGACGCCGGCGUCCAUCGAGACGCCGGUGCAGUCGGCCUCGAUGACCUUCCGGGCCGACCAGCUCGUCCAGCUGAACCCGGCCGGGCGCGCCGGAACGGGGACUACCAGCGCGAUCUCUAGCAUAGGAGGCGGUGGCGGUGGCGGCAGCAGCGUCAGCAUCCCUAUGACAGACCGCAACGGCCUCCGACGCAACGAGAAGACUGGCGCAGCAGCAGCGCCCACGUCGGCGUCCCGCUCCUACUCGUCCGAUUCGGUGUACACCAUACUGAUCCGGCUGCCGACGCAGCCGUCGCUGGAGGGCGAGACGUCGCAGGCUUCCAUCAAGAUGAUCCUCGAAGAGGACGCCGAGAAGCACGAGGCCGGCAGCGGGACGGCGUCUUCCGGCGCGGCCGCGGCGUUCGCCAGGACGUCGUCCGAGGACUCGUCAGCGGCCAUGCGUACCGGGGACUCCGGCCUGGAGACCAUCCGGAUACCGCUCAACACCAAACUUGUGCACCGCCAGGUGGUCGCCAAGCAGCGGGCGGCCCCCAAAAAGAAGCGCAAGCAACAGGAGCGCAAGCAGGAGAAAAAAGCCGCCAAGACGCUGAGCGCCAUCCUGCUGGCCUUCAUCGUCACCUGGACUCCCUACAACGUGCUGGUGCUCAUCAAGACCGUCUCGUCGUGCGACGACUGCAUCCCGACGGGCCUGUGGAACUUCGUCUACUACCUGUGCUACAUCAACAGCACGGUGAACCCGUUGUGCUACGCGCUGUGCAACGCGAACUUCCGCCGGACCUACAUGCGCAUCCUGUCGUGCAAGUGGCACAACAAGCAGCGGUCCAUGAAUCGCGGCUACUUCACCUGAAGCGGAGGACCCCGAUCUCUGGCGCUCUCUGGCUCUCUUCCGAAGACCACGGCUUUAUCGCCUCGGCAGAAUGCGGCCUUCUGCCUCUUUCUCUUUGUCGCAAACCUUGAGCUGUACCGAAGCUCCAGCGGAGUCGAGUUCGUAAGGGUUCUGCAUUCGCGAUCUCGGUUACGCCUUUCGCGACGCCUGUGGAAGUUACGCACAACCCUUGCUAUCUCAGGAGUGGUGCAGAUUGUUACGCUUAGUGUUUGCAGUAGCAGCGAGAGUUGAAGAACUUUGAACGAGUCGAACACAUCCCGGGCCGAGAACACAAGAAAGCUGCAGGGAUGAAUCUUUGCGUAAGUGGCUUCAGCGAUCUCGUGAGAGUGCACUUACGUGUCCGAUGUAACGCUGGGCGAUUGCUAGCACCUUCCUGUACAGCAUUCUGCUAGUUUCUAUGGCGGAAACAGUGACUGAUACGUGGGUCGAUGACCCCGCUUUGGCGUCUCGACAAUGGUCGCCAGGACUAGGUUGAUGAUUUCUUUGCGAACUGUCUGCAGUAAGUUCGAGUGCUCCCGGUAGAACAGGGUCAGCAGUUGGGUUGAAUAAAUGUCAAAUGGCCAGACAUACCCGAGCGUAGUAACAUAAUUUCCACUUCUGCAAGUCACACGCGCGUCUUGAUUGCGGUAUCUUUGUUGUGCCAAAAUAAUUCCACUGUCCUUUAAAAUACUUCCUUAAGAAAGUUUUCUUUUAAUUUUGUAAAGAACGAGUGACUCACAGCUGUAGAUGUGGAAAAUUACUGACUUGCUUUGCGUUGUAACUUGGCAAGUUGUAAAGCACAUACACUCACCGAAGUUUCCCUAGCAGCUUGCGAUAGUGCCAAAGUUUGCUGAAGCUGGUAUUGGCUGCUUCGCGACUCCGGUGCUACAAGAAGGCAGUCAAAAUAGUGACAUCAAGGUAAAGACUUGGCUAAACACUCUGAGAUUUAAUGACGAAUAGUCAUUUGCGGAUAAUGGAGGAUAAAUAUAUUCAUCAAAGUACGUACGCACAUAAUAAAUGCUAUAGAAAAGUGUGACAGCAGUUGCUUGCAUUGCAUAGAUACCCAUCCCCUAACCCAUUUAUAAGUCAGGUGAUGCGAAGCCGCAGCGUUUGUCCUUAACCGCAGAUGGCAACACGCGUUGCAAGGUAUCAUUUCCAAGCGCAUUCGGGCUUAGCAAUGCGGGAGUACUGAAGCGAACCCUCUGUUUCGCCGGUUUGACCGGGAGCAUCUGAGGUCACUGUGAGUCGCCCUUACGGGGUCAUUCACUGUGUGACCACGUCACUUCGUGCUCUUUUAUAAGACGAAGGCUUCCCUUCGUGUUUUCUUACGAUCAAAGACAUCGUUAUUGCCGCGAGGACACUUCCGAACACCAGCAAGAUCAAAGGAGCGAUUAAAAGUUUUUAUUACGAAGGCAAUUAGCCAGUGGAACACGUCGCAUCGGUAACACGUUUCUGAGUCUUCACACUCGCCGAUACACGCUGAUUUCGUUGUAUGUAUAUAUAUCGUAUAUGGGAGUCGUGAAACCGUGGCUCCUCACUGCGCAGAGUCUCGUUAGAUUGUAAUAAUAGGUCCACGUGGUGCGCCAUCCGAUAAGGUGUACUUAGGCUCAUGUGUGUUUACAUUUGAGACGCAAAUUGCGUACCUAUUUGCUUGCGGUUCAAUUGCCGAACAUACCCGUCUGUUUUGAGCCUCUUUUUUUUCCUUGCUGUGGAAUUGCCGGAACUCCCGAACUCGGCACUGUUGUGACAGCCGUUAUGAGGACCCAGGGAAUCGCCUGGUGCGUCUGGUUGUGGGCGUCGGGCGGCGAUCGCGGAGUGGAACCAGUGGGACGAUCGGAUCACUCUCAGCAUGCCAUCUAGUCCUGAAAGCAUGGCGUGGUUAGCGGGUUUUGUUUCUUACGGCAUGCGGCGCUUUAGAGCGGAAAACGUAGCCGUCGUGGCUUUUCUUUUUUUUCGUAAAUGAUGAGCGCUAUAGGGGCGAGUGCACCCGUGAGUGGUUUUGUCACGGCCCAGAACACACGAAACCCUUUCGAUGCUCCAAGCCACCGUACACUCGCAAUUGGUACAGAAACGAUUAACCCACAAGAUCGUAAUCAGAGACGCAACUACGCUGAUGAUUUCGUGAUGUGCUGCAGCCGUCAUUGGUUGCUGUUUGUUUUUUUACCGUUAUUUUGCCGCAGUUGACUGAGGGUACAGCACAAGGCGGCUCUACACUUUACGUUCCUUCAUUUUACCUAUUGUAGCGUCGUUGUGGCAGCUCAUAGGAGACUAGUCAGCUUAUUUCAUUCCCCGUGAGGUGUUUCAUUCAGCUGUGGGCCAAACAAUUUCAUUAACUUUAUCCGAAAGGUUUGUGGCGUUGAAGUUCUGCCUCGCGGCGCGUUGUAACGCAGUAAGGCCGAACCACGUCUUGAGCUUGGACAGCAAGCCCCGUCGCUUAAGCUGAAACGCCGUCUUACCGAUGAAAUGCGUUCUACUCCGCAGCCGCCGUGAAAUUCAGGCGUCGCACCUUGCGUAUUGCUUUAUGAUGUACAUAUAUAUGAACAUAGUCAAUGUGCAAUUUCUUACAUCACCGUGAAUGAACCCGGGGUACAUUUUAGUUUCUUGUUACUCUCUUUGAACUUGUCACAGCGCGGUUAGAUGCCGCAGUACAUUCUCGGCUCAGGUUUCCUUUUUUUAUAGUGUGAUACACGUCCGGAGCUUGUAACGCCUUGUCCAGAGCCCGUAGGAAGAAUACGUGUGUAUCGGUGUGUGUACCAAAUCUGUCGCCCCCGCACGCGUCAUGUGCUCUCAUUCUCACCUCUUUUCUUUCCGAGUGACACACUUGUGGUAACCACACGCACCCCAGUUCCGCACAGUCAUUCUUCCGACAGCGAUCACCGCUUGCAACAUUCGCCUUGCAGACUCGGCCUCCUGGCAUGUCCGGCUACUGGCGUUGCAGAAGCCUGCAAACAUCUUACGUGCUUGGUACCGAACACUCAUCAGCAUGCGAUACCGUUGCAUCCAAGGUACGACAACCCUGUACAGUGGUUGAGAGGUUUGGUUAUUGAAUUUGCAAAGCGUCGAAUGGACGGAAUGCGUAACGAGAAGUAUGCAAUAUGGACGCUGGGCCGUCGAUCUCCGGAGCCGGCAGUGCGUUAUUCGCGUUUUCUGUCGCGUACUUCUUGCUAUGUUGCUCUGGUCAUCUUCUGAUGAGCAACGUUAUAUUAAAGGAACGACUAUUUUCUCCGAGCCUCCGCGAGCAAACCGCGGGAAAGAGACCAAGGCAACGUUAAGAACAAUUUAAACUUUUGAUAAGUGAUAAGAGAUGUUCGUUGCGCAAGUGAGUUGGGAGGAAUAAAGAGUGAGGUACACAGGGCAGAAGCCACGACUAUUCUUCCUUCUUCCUCAUGCACUUUCACUACGAGCGUCUUCUCAGGCAAAGACAAGCUCCUUCUCGACGGGUGCUAUUAGACCUGGCUUGAUGAUUCAUUAAAAUGAAAAAGCAGCAGUGGGGUUGUGCUGUCAAGGCAGCGGUUUGAAUACCACAUUGAGUGAACGUGCGCUGUAAUUGAGGGGAAGAAGUUAACUGGGGCAGCGCGUUGGGUGCCCUCACGUGCACAACAGCGUCGACGAGUUGCUUAAUGUAUCAAGAUGUCGGAAAAUGAAGAAAAUGCGGUAACGCACGGCAGAUGAUCAGACGACUUAAUGAGCUUUAGAAAUCACGGAGGGACGUCAUGUUACCGGGGACGGAGCCAAUAGGAGACGUAUACAAGACGAAUAGAAGACCUCUAUUGUAGCCGAAGAGCUUUAGCUGUGCCACAUCCAGUUAUCUCAUUUUCCUGUGGCUUAGGAAACGUCCUUCGGCGAAGAAUAAGCUUCAUCCGGUCUGCAGUCAUAUUACAGCUACGAGCUAGUCCAACAUGGAACACGAUUUUAGGUAUCGCCUCAGUAGGUGUCGGACGGCCAGGAGGUCAGGAGCAUACGACGAAUGACGCAUUUCAGAUAAGCACGCAACAGAUUUGCACAGACACAGAUAGACACGAAGCCACGACGUCACGCGCACCACAAGACGACCUCACUCUGUUUCCUGGAACAAUGACGCAAAACCUUGCCGCUGGCAGAUGUCGACUAGCACUUCACACAUAGCCAGCGCCACCUCAGUGCGGAAGGCCUGUGCCAUUUCUCUCACGGCAUUCAUUGUUUCGCCACGAGAGUGCAUCUUAAGGGUCGAGAAUAUAUGUAAAGAUUCGUAUUUAUGCUAUGCACAAACGCAGAAAUUUUAAACACCAGUGGAAGGGUAGCCCCAAAGCACAGCUGAAUCGCGAAAUCACGGUCCGAUUCUCCUUUCUCGCGUAUCCCUGUGGUAAUCCUAGCGGCCAGAAAACGGGGGUGGUGGUUACGCAUAAUGGCACGCAUCAGUCAGUCACUGUAUCUGGGGACCUUCUUCUGAGAGGCUCGUUCUGGGCAUUGCCAGACAGUGACAUAUAUGCGAAUUAGGACUGCCGUGAAUUCUGAGCAUCCUCAGUGUCAGUGAGUGUGAGUGAGUUCCCUUUGGAGCAGUGUAAGGAAAGCUACAAGUUGAGUCGUCACUCAUAAAACGUACCUGCUAACGACGUCACUCUCCUAGAGAGAGUCGCCCGAACGGCAACCAGAAUUCUUAGGCCACUGUAAUUAAUUCCUUCUCUCUCGGUGCAUUUCCUUGGGAGCUGCACGAAAGAUAAGCCACAGGCCUAGCGUGCAAUACUAAAACCAUCGUUCUAAUGGCGACCAGCUCUCCUAAACAGUCCCGAGAAUCGUAAGUGCAGUGCUCAGGCCUUCUGUCACUCGCAGGCGGCGUUCUUUACAAAGCACAAACAAAAGCGCCAUCGUAUUGGCGUGGCGUGGUGGCAGGCAGGUGUGGCGAGCACACAACCAGAACAACAGAGCAUCGAGAAUGUGCAAAUUACGUGUAAAUUUAUGCCUCCCCCCCCACCCCUUCGAAGCUUUCCUGCUGUAACUAUAACUUUCGAUUUAUAUCAUCGCUCAGACCUCGCGUUUUAUUUCUUCACAUUUUUUCCUUUGAUAUAGCUGCACGAGCCUGACUGUGUCACUAGACUCGGGCAUCAUUUGCCACCAUGAGCACGUUUGUAAAUUUGGUGAAAUCAAUGUUGCUUCUAAGAAGGAGCUUCCAUUUCACUUUGUAUAGACAAAGCCAGCGUCGUUUCCAUGCCACCCACCGCUUGAAAUGAAGAAAAUGUUCUUGCAGCUGUACCUAAUUAUUUCUGACAGCCGUUCAAGCAAAUAAACAAAUCUAUCUUUUCGUUAACAUUGACUAAAGUUCAUAAACUACAGCCAUCAAAAAUGACAGGGAAGCCAAAUACCACACGCCAUUUACGGACUCGGAGUUUGCAUCCGUAGCUGUAAGAUUAUGUUUCGCAUACCGAGGCAAAAUGUGAAAGCUGAUUCAGUAAACACGUCUUAGGUAAAAUGACUGUUUCGUAACUGGUUCAAGGAAUUAUCAUUGCUAUAGAGUGUUUUACCUUUAAAGUGUCCCCUCGUUCUUAAUUUGAGUUAUUUCGAAAUGGGAUUUUUUCCCUAAGGAAAUUUUUGUAUCUAUGGUGGCAACGUGAUGAGGCCUCUUGAAGUUAGCGCACUGUUUCCCGAUUUCCCGAUUUGAUGCUUUGUUGUGUAGUAUGCUUUACACCGAAUGUCCACUACGCCUCUUCUUGCGUUUAGACCGUAGCCGCGAGCGAUGUCCUUUAGGGUCAGUGCUGUGCUUAUUUAUUUAUUGAUAAAAAGGAGGUAUCCACGACACAGUGUAACAGAGCGUUCCGCAUGACUCUUUAGCAGCUGUAUAGUCGUACCAUGGGUAUAAGCGAGUACAGUGUUUUGUCUCUAAUCCAAAUCACCUCUGCGCGCCAUGGGGCCGUGGUCUCGGUGAUUAAACACUCAACUCAAGCAGAUCACAUGUGAGUGUGUCUUUUUUAAACUGUCUCUCUGUACCUGAUUGUGUAGCAAAUUUACUAUAUAUAUAUAAAUAUAUAUAUAAUUGUCGAGCCACUUCGAUGACGCAUGCGCACACAAGAUUGUGUGUGCCCCUUAUUGUGCGAGCAGAUGUACAAGGGGAAGUUCGCACAUUGAUAUACCUGUUUGCGCGCUCUGUUAGCCACUGUAUGUGUUAUUACAUAUGCACCUUCGCGAGGAACCCGUUGUUUGAGAGUCUCUCUGUGUGAUUUAAGGGAAAUGAGGGGAAAUGCUUGACAGGGUGCAGCGAAUCAAGGUGCGUACACUCUGCUACACGACUGCCUUUCCUAUAGCAAAGUUGAGGAGUCGCGCUAAACCUCUGUGAAGUUUGGCCUGGAAGUACGCGGGACAUAGCGCUGCGAUAGCCAAUGAUGCGGUGUUUCGAUUCUGUUGCCCUAAAAGGGAGAGACCUUGUGAGUUCUAGAUUGCAGCUGGCGAUCUAUAGUGGCACGUGGCAGCCGCUGUCGAAGAGAUGCCAGCUUUGUUUGAUCCGGCCUUGAUUAUUUUUCUUUUGGAAACAUGCUGUUUAUGAGCGUUAUUUAUUCCACAGAUUAGAAUUAGAGCCUAAGAAGAGCUUAACCUGUGCAGAAUGCUUAUUCUGCUGUGAACUAUUAUUAGCAUUAUUUAUUUUCAGAGCCAUAAGCCUGUAGUGAGCGUUCGAAUUGCUCAGUAUUGCACCCGCCGAAUCAAACAGUUUUGUUGUGAUCGAAGCUAUUGGAAUGAUUGGUUACGCCUACCCUUUCAACUUAUUGGCUAUGGCGCUGUGUAGGUGAACGCAAAUUGCCGGGUUCAAUUCUCGACUGCUGUAGCAGCAUGUCGACGAGUGCCGAAUUCGAAACCUUUCGUUUACACAGAUUUGUAUGCUGUUUAUUCUAUUCCAUAUUGGCAGAAUUCUGAAUCCUGCAUUGUGGAGGCCUAGGUAGCCUCGAUAAGGUUUUGAUAGUUAGAACCACAAAUAUAUAUGCUGCACAAACAACCGUUUAUGUGUGACUCAACUUGACUUAGAAGCGGCCAUCGUGAAAGAAGCGCAUCUUUACUUUUUGGGGGGAUUCGAUCCGCCGACAACACCGCGGAUGGCAGCGUUCCCAGAGGAUGUGCGUGGAAGUAGGGUUUCCACAGUUUCUUCAUUGCUACCUUGAUCUACUGCAUCAUGUCAGGAUGCCUGACCUCGUUGAGCGCAACGUGAUGUUCUUUCGCUUUGUCGUUGUCUUGUCCAGCAAACGUUUUCUUUCCAUACUUCUACUGUACCGCGUUUAUGAGUGAAUGCUGCGCUGAGUAGCUUUAUUGCGGGAAACGAGGGAAGUCAUGCUUUAAAGUCGCCUUUCGUAAGUUCGACUGCUUGGCCGUGGCCUCGACGCUCCCUUAUCCUUGCUGCUUGACUUUCUGAGUGCAGGGAAGGUGUUCGAGGUGCAUUUGGACGGGCUCAGUUGGCACUCAAUGCGUCAGUAUGCGAUUGGCUGUUUCAUCCUUCCACGGGAUCGUAGCUUGGACUCUCAAAGAAAAAAAAAUCGGUCGCAUGAAAGUAGAGUUUCAUCCCUGUGAGGCAAAUAAUAUCGCUCAGCAAGAUAAACUUUUGCUCAGAAUGAGGCUCUCUUAUUUGGGGAAUUCGGGGUAGUAUGUCCCGUUAUGGACUAAGGUUUUCCUAUGAGACGUUCUGUAUAUGCUCACGGGCAUGCGCCUGGCCGUAGGAAUGACCUAACGGAAAUCUAGUAAAUAGUUCCCUCUGGAGCAUAUAAAUUUCAGCUGUUGUUUUUCUGCCGUCUUUUUUUUUUCUCGAAUCGAAAUUUCUUAGAGCCGCGACUGUUUUAGUCUCUGCAACUGCUAUUCACUCAACAUUUGAUCGAGUAAUUGCUGUUGCCAGAAUGAAGAAACAGCUGUCUGAAAAAAUUUAGUGCUCCAGAUUUAGAGCUAGCCGUAAUAUCAUCGGGCACGCGCGCUCUCCGCUUUUCCGCCGCGCUUCGUUGCGAUAAUUCGCUGACGUCGGCACAGUAGUGCUGAACACAAAACAGAGCAAAGAGAAAUUUACGCAGCACUACGGCUGACAGAAAAAUGAAAAGUUCGCGGCUGUUUGAAGAGGAUCAAAUAAGUCGUCAUCUCCGACGAGCUUCCUCCCGACACUCAGGCGGAAAUUGGACUCGGAAAUAUGGAACAGACGCAAAGAGAGGGCGCCAUAUUUAUCUUCGUUGUGUCGCUUUCUUUUCUGUUUCCUGAUGUGACUCGUCUUACUUAUCAAGUGGUCGCACUAUUAUCCUCGGCGGAUGACUUUCUGCCACUAAGAAGUCUUUUUUUUUUUUCGAUGACUUUUUUUGUCUGCGUUCCCUAUUUCUGUUUCUUGUCCAUGAUUGUUUAUUAACUCUCGUACGCAUCUAUGUGAGUUAAUAUUCUAAGAAGAAAAAAGAAGAGAAUCAAUCUGUCUUCCGACCAGCGUAAUCUUAUUUAUAUUCAUGCAUUUGUCGAUCGAUUUCCCGCUCGAGCAGAAGAUUACCAGGGAAAGGAUUACCACUUUGGGACAUCUAAAUGGCAAUAAUAUCAGGAAAAUUACCUAAAAGCAAAGAAAUUCUAUUUUGUGUGUGGAUGCAGAUUUUUGGUAGGAGUUUCCGAACUUUUUUUUUUAACUAACACUCAUGACGCCGUUAUCGGGGCAUUUCGUUUCUUCGCACUCCACAAUCUAGAGUGUCCUUAUUAUAAAUAUUUUGUGUCACGUGACUACUCCGUCUUGUCGCGUCAAGACCUGACAGCAAUGUUUCAGAGGCGCUGGUUAGCUAUGGUCUCGUAAAAUGCUACGCCAUCAGAACAGAUCUGCGGUACGAGAAUGUCAAACAGUCUGAGCCCAUUUCCUAUCGAAGGGGAGCGCUUUAACGUAUGACUUCGUCUCUAGAUUCGUCUCGUACGUCUUUGUGUGACUUAGUGGAGAUGCGCGAGUGUUGAAGAUAAGUAUGUCUGAGCUUGCAGUGUCAAAAAAAAAAAGAGAUAAAAACUGUGACCACAGUGAGCACAUGCGUUUGCAUCAGAGACUGAUACUGUCAGAGCCGUCGAUCUGAAAGUUGGUGCGAAUUCGGAGCUCGAACGAACUCUGCAAAGUCUCAUCAGAGAGUGCAUCUUGUUCGGCACCCUGCAUUACCCCAUUAUUUCUUGUUUUAUCUCGCACUCCAGUCGACCUCUAUGAUAUAUAUUUUCUGCGUUGAAUACCGCAGUUUUACCUUAGGAUGAAAAAAAAAAUGCCGUGAACAUACUGUGUUAUCCCGCUCAAAAUCCAGGCACUAUUCAAUAGACCUGCUCCUCUUCGCAUCAGAUUUUGGACGCAAAAAGAACUUUCUGCUAUAUACAACAUGGGGCCAAGUGCCACCAUCUGCGCGUAUUCCACUUUAGCGAGAGCGAGGGAUAACUAAGUCAAGGUGCACGGUAUUUUUAAAACUUGGUGUGUGUCUUUGUAAAUGUGCAACUGCGGUUCUUUCAGGAACUUGAAGCGUGAGCUCAAGCCACACUUCAGAAGGCGACCAUGCCCAAAGCGAUAAAAAAAACAAUGUGUAGAUCCAUGCCAGUCAUCUCGUUGUGAUUACCCUUUUUUUCGCAUGCCUCGCAAUUUGCUAACCCCCUUUGGAUCUCUUAGUCACCACUUCGAAAGGUGCAGCAUGAAAAAGACCGCUAGUGAGCAAGUGCUUGAUUAUUCGACAGGCAGCAAUGUACCCAAGCAAUGCAUCCAUUCGCGCACUAUCUCUGUUCUCAUAGGGUACUACAGCUUGUCUCCAGUUUAACGAGGCAUAAGCUGUGUCAGGUGAAGCUGCCCUCGGCGAACAUAAGCGCGCUGCUCAAAGCCUGCGAGCUUAGAAAUUAGGGCCCUCUGUGCUCACUCGACCACGCAUUCUGGAGUUUCUACCGCUUCAAUCCAAUCACCCCUUCCAGGAUUUUUGUGACGGCUGGUAGGCGUCCUUCUAUUUUUACUUUUUGGGCACAAAAAUGAUCUAAACGAAACUUCUUGGUCACCUUUCAGGAACUGUUGGAAAAUAUUUAACUGGGUCACAUUGUUUCCAGCGGUCACUCUUCCUGAAAAUACAUCAAGUUCUACAACUCGGUGGAAAAUUUUGUUUUCGCUAGCGCCCCCCCCCCCCCCCCUUUCUUUUUCCGCAAUUGGCCGCCUAACUUUAAAAGCUCGAGGGUCUUCUCGGCCUGCCACAGGAAAAAUAGCUGUAUACUUUUCAUUAUAUUUACGAUUGUGAAUUCGAUUGAUUGAAUUUGUGGAUAAAUCAAAGUUUCGUUUUUACUUAUAUGAAACCAUACUCGAUAGUCCCAGUGGCGAAUAGCAAGCCAUCACUGCAUUCAUCAAACGCUACGUGCUAAUGAGGCCCAAUGAUAUUCUCGGAGCCAGAAAGCGUUUGCACCAAAAUGCACGACGGGAAGCCACUUUAGCACAAUCAGCAGCUCUUUAUCAUUGAGACUUUCCUGCGGCCUGUCGAGAACCAGUGACUGCACAGAAAAUAUAUACGUGCCAUGCCCCUCCUUCGUGCUAUCUCGCUAUAUUCUGUGAAUAGCACUAACCCACUCUUUAAAUGCGAUGUCUGACAAUAGGCAUGCGCUAAUUUUACCUCUGUGUUACGGUUGUCAUCGGAAAUAUCCUGGGUGUUUGAUGAUUUUACAUUCUUAACACCCUUAUCUGUGGCGCUAGCGAUAAAACUACCUGCGAGUGCCACCUGAUGGCUCCAGGGUUUCGGACAAGCGUCACGAGUGAUCUCAUUAAGUGCGCUAGCAUUAUCUUCAAGAGUUGCAUGAGAGUCCUAUCCGCUGCGCCACUUUAGUCGAAUUCAUUUUCAUUACGUGACCGAUAUCUUCAUCACACGCAAAUUUUCUAGUAUUGUGCAAACGUAUGCAUGGUGGCUUAGACGUAAGAUACUGAUGCCGAGCUGUGCUUUUGCUAUUCUAUGCACAUGGUCAAUCUUGUUCGUUGCUGUCCUCAAUUCGACGAGGUUGAGCUGACUCUCGUCACGAUCACUUGUGUUACGCGCCCAAAUAGUGAACGUUCAACGGAACUAAUACUGGACCAUUCAGAUGUCCUUCCUACAGAUGUCGCGGUGACCUUGCUGUCUUUCUCCGUGGAACCACUUGUAUCUGGUAACUUGUGUCUGUAAUCACCUUUAGCUUCAGUCCCACUUGACCCGACCUCACUCGCAUGCAGAAAUGGUGGCUGGAAAGAAAGGCGCAACAAGUGAUGUGCUUUGACGGUGCGAUUGCAAUGUACAGAGCGAGUGCGGUGCUAAAGAUGGGUGCGGCGUAAGGUGCAUUGUUUUCCUUGAGUAGCGCAAUGCAUGAAACGUGGAUGCGUAUGUUUUCGUUUCUGAGUAGACGUGUGCUUGAAUGUGUCGCGUGGUAGCGAACGUGAACAAAAAAAAAGUGGCAGCGCGUGUUACCUAGUCUGUUGUCGUUGAUGUUGUUGUUGGUACUGUUGCAGUGCUCUUCCGCAAUUCUUUCGUAUGGCCCUAGAUAAGCCAGUAGCACCGCAGUGUCGCGACACCUGCCGGCACCGCGAGUAAGUGGUGGAUGUCUACGUGUUCGCGCAUGUGGCCAUUUGCCUCCCUGUUGAGACCCAAUUGCGCAGCUAUGCCAAAACGAUGACGCCAAUGCCGGCGGGCAAGUUUUUUGCUUGCGCGCAUGUGUGCGAGCAUCAAUGUGAGUGUGUGUGCCUGGUGUGCUGUUCCUUUGACCCCGUUUGACGCCACCCUGUCCGCUCUCUCAGCCGACUGCUGCCACCAGGUGUCGUUGCGCUGUUCUUCUUCAACACCACCAGUGCGUUUGUCAAUAGUGAGCCGUGUGUACUUUCGCCCGUGGUCAUUCAGUGUUUCUCUUCGUUUUCCUUUUCCGCGUACCGGGCCACGCGUGGAAAAAAAAAAUGAAAGCGUACUGCUAUAUUCCGGUUGAACAAUAAAACGACAGCGUCCGUCUU